AUGGAAGUAUGGCCUAGUUUCACGAAAAAUUUAACGAGUACACCUCAAGAUUUUAAACCACCUGUUAACACAGGUCAAAAUGUCAUUGAAAAAAUUCAAAAGCGUCGUUAUAUACAUCGAGAAUUUAAAUUAAAAAUAUCAAAACCGAAAAAAGAUUUUAAAGAUUUAUUUAUACACAGAUGUCCUGGUACAAAAAAAAUAUUUAAACCUGAUAUUAAACCGAUCGUGAGAGAUUUUGGUGAAACGUCAUCAAAAAUAAUGACGGAAAUAUGUAGAGAAAUACAAUAUUGUCGACUUCGAAGACUUUCUUCUAGAAAUUUGAAAGAUAAUGAAAGCGAAAAGGAAUAUAUAACAUUAUCAGAUGUGAGAGAAAGAAAUAGAAAAUAUAUGAGUCCAGAGGAAAGGUACGACAUUUUUUUUUUUUUUUUUUUUUUUUAUUGCAAAAGGAAAAUAAUAAAAUAA